AUGAAAUUUAGCAAGAAAAAGUUCAGACAAGUCUGGAUAGAUAACAUGGGAAAAACAUCUGAACCAGAAAUCGAAAUUCAAGAUCUCUCAAUAUCUGAAGUCGAAUCAGUUCACGAAAUGGAAAUUGAAUCUUAUGAACCAGAAGGAGAUUCCAUUUUAGAAAUUUCUGAAAUCGAUUUCGACUCUUAUAACGACGAUAACUCGAUUAUCUCUCAAUGGUGA